AUGUCGCCGUAUCUCCCGGUCCCUCAGACGCCUAGCGCCAAGACGAGGCUCGAAAACGAAAUCAGCGAGAUCAGCCUCGUUUCUGGCCAGACGACACCACAGCACACGCCGAUCAGGAGUCGAUCACCCGCCGUAUCUGCGGCUCUCGCAGGCGACGAUGCUACCAUUGAUGGCGGCUUUGCCAAGCACAGCCGAAAGACUGCGUCCUCACCACAUCCACCGCGACAACUGGAACGACUCGAUGUCUUCCACCGGAUUUCCAUCGGCUCCCUGUCCGACGCCUAUGGCCCGAUGGCUACCCAGCCGUUCCGGAUACUUUCACCGGGUCCGGAGGCUCUAAUGCGACCACGAUCCCCGACAGCACCGACCGGCCGACUCCAGCGGCUGUGGCUGGACUAUCGAGCCGUCAUCUAUGUCUUUCUCGCCCAGCUGUUCGGCGCCCUGAUGAACCUGUGCGCCCGCCUGCUCGAGUUGGACGAUCACCACCCCAUGCAACCCCUGCAGCUGCUCUUUGCCCGGAUGAGCGUCACCACCGUCGUCUGCAGCAUCUACAUGUACCGGACCGGCGUGCCGCACUUCCCGCUGGGCCCGCCGAGCGUGCGCUGGCAUCUGGUGGUGCGUGGUCUGGCCGGCUUCUGCGGCAUCUUCUCCAUGUGGUACUCCAUGAUGUACUUGCCGCUGGCUGAGGCCACCGUCAUCACCUUUUUGGUGCCCAGCAUGUCAGGCUACUUCUGCCAUCUCCUUUUGCACGAACCCUUUACGCGCAAGGAACAGAUCGGGUCCGGCAUUGCUCUCCUGGGCGUCAUCCUGAUCGCGCGUCCGGUCUCUCUCUUUCCCUCGUCCGCGCCCGAGAUUGGCCCCGUCGCAGCCCUGCUCGCCAACAGUACUGGGGCGGCAUCGACGGCUGCUGCCUUGCUCUCUGAGCAUACUGCUUCCGUUGUCGCCGUGGCCACCGGGGCUGACGCUCUCGGCCCUGCAGCCACCAAUAUCACGACCGGCAUCGAGGACCACGCUCCGUUCGGCAGCAACAUCUCGACCGUUCAGCGCUUGAUCGCCGUCGGCGUCGCGCUUUUCGGCGUCACUGGUAGCUCGUGUGCCUUUACGGCCAUCCGUGCCAUUGGCACGCGCGCCCAUCCGCUCAUCUCCGUCAACUACUUCUCGACUGCCGGCACGCUGGUAUCGACGGCCGUGCUGGUUCUGGCCCCGAUCAUAGGCUUUGGACAGCCAGAGUUGCACUUUGGCAUGCCGAACUCGCUGCGCCAAUGGGCCUUGCUGUUUGUCACCUGUGUCUGCGGCUUCCUCACGCAGCUGUGCAUCACCAAGGGACUGGGCUUGGAGCGGUCCAAUCGUGCCAGCGCCAUGAUCUACACCAAUAUGCUUUUUGCAGCCGGCUUUGACCGCUUUGUUUUUGGCAAUCAGAUGGGCAUCAUUAGCCUCGGAGGCUGUGGACUCAUCAUCGGAAGCGCCCUAUGGGUUGCCCUUUCCAAAAGGCCGACCCCCGACAUACGGCCCGGGACUGUAAACGAUGUCGAGAUCGGCCAUGCCAAUUUGAGGGUGCCCGAGAUCGACGUCACUCGAAGUGCCUUGGUCGCCAACCCGACUGCAGAGAGCAUUCCGAUGCUGGCAGCUAUCGACAGCGAAGACGAGGAGGACAACCGUACAGGACUUGCCUCCCACGUGGGGUCUAGAUCAACAUGA